AUGAGCUACCAAAAAAGUCAACAGAAUAGGUGGCAAGAUAGGCUGUUCCUUCGGUUUAGUCGCCAGAUUAAGUAUCAGCAACACAAACAAAUGCAGGCUGAAGUUGAAAAUUUGGGCUUAGAUUUGACGUCAUUAGUUGGUCCACGCCAAAAUUCAUUAUUACAUGUAGCUGCACGGUACAAUAAUGUCGAAGCAGCCACUUAUUUACUUAGUAAAGGAUGUUCUAUCCACCAACAAAAUCAAGCCAAUGAAUGUCCCUUUUAUUUAGCAGUCCGAUAUCGAUCUAAAGAUGUAAUUAGACGACUAGAGGGCAUAAAGACCUUUAAAAUUUUAGACCCAUGA